CGCUCACUUUUGUAAUUUUCACCUCGUUUCAAGAUACAGACUCGAUCCCCUGGCAACCCUGGUGAUUACGCGCUUUUGUCUCCAUUUCUCUCUACUGAAAAUUUCUCUAUAGAUAGCGCUAACAUUUGCAUCUGCACCUGCAAUGGCUGCAACCUGCACUGAUCUGCACCACGUGUGUGCGCAUAUACAAUGGAGCCAGAUCAAGAGAAUGAUCAUGGUGGACUUCGCGUUGACGGCAGACGAGCGUUAGAAUUGAGGCAAAUCCGUUUGCGGAUGGGAGUAUUUGGGCAGGCCGAUGGCAGUGCAUAUAUAGAACACGGUAACACGAAGGUUCUAGCAGCGGUGUACGGUCCUCGUCAGUCAAGAAGCAGCGCAUCAAGGAAUAGUACAAAGGCUAUCAUAAAUUGUCAGUACAGCAUGGCUGUGUUUAGUUUUACUUCUGGCGAACGGAAGCGAAGACCCAGAGGAGAUUGGAAAUCACAAGAGAGGUCGGCACAAUUACGUCAUGCCAUGGAGGCUAUAAUACACUUGGAACUGUAUCCACGUUCUCAGAUCGAUGUCUUCGUAGAGGUUCUACAGGUUGACGGCAGUGAUUAUUGUGCAUCCGUAAAUGCUGCGACGCUUGCAUUGAUAGAUGCUGGAAUUCCAAUCAAGAACUAUGCCAUCGGCUGUAGCGUAACUCUUGUUAACAAGCCGUCGGUAGAAGAUGAAGAUAAAACGUUAGCCACAGGAGUAUUAGAUGCGAACUUUGUAGAGGAGUGUUCACCAGGGGUUACUUUGUCUGUUGUUGCAUUAGCAGGAACAAAUAAUGAUAUUGAAAUGGAUGGGAAUGGUUUGAUCGUAGUAGCACAUGGGGCAGGUCAGAGAUUACAUUUGUCACGUUUAGAGACACUCAAACAACGUGCGUUACAAGGUUGCCAGGAUAUAAAGAAUAUAUUAGACCAUGGCGUGAGACAUCAUCUAACUGCAAAUCUGUUGCCUUCAUUUUUGCAUAAUUCACUCGACUAAGAAAAAGAGAGA